GCGUGACAGGACGCGAUUUGCACGCGUCUGUGGCGGCGAAGGUCUCUUAGUACUCACCCCCUCUUUUCCCGUGUGCCGCUCAUGCUCUGUUGCCUCUAACGAAUGCAAGACUCGGACGACUAUGACUACUUCGACGAGUUCACGGAGGCUGACCUCGCCGCCGCUGAUGAGGUAGAGAACAAGUAUGUCGAGUCUCAGCGGACGCAAGCCCUGCAGCGUACGCCGUCCGAGUCGGAAUUACCUCCUGCAAAGCGGCAGAAGACAGUGCACGUAGGGAAUGGGCCCAACGGAGCAGUCCCUCAGUGGCCUGCCAAUUCAGGGAUGUCCACCAAUGACCGACUGGCGCGGUCGUCGUCUUUGCACAGUGCAGCGGCAAUACUGCCAGACGUACCUCUCGCAAAUGGAUACUUCAAACCAGGUGUACAAUUUGGGGGGAAUGGUAGAGCAAGUCCAGCAACAAACAAUCAUGUCACUGCACAACAACCUCUUCAUCCUGCGCGUCCCGAGACUACCCAGAGUUCUAGUAUAGCCCGGAACAACAACCAUGUCACCCUCCAGGCCCAACGAGCACCUAACUAUGCCGGAAGACCUGCGCCGGGUCAGCGAGCUCCUGCACCGCCAACCACUAGACCUAUUAUAGCCCAGCGGGCCCCUACACCUCCUGUCGCUCGACCCAUAUCAUCUCAACAUGGUUCUACUCCCUCCUCUUCUCCGUAUGCUGCCCAUGGACGGACAGCCACACCGCCGGUUGCUAGGCCAUCUCCUGUGUCACGAGUACCCUCAACAUCGGCUUUACGACCUCCACAUAUCCAACGACAACCGUCGGGAUUGCGAGAGAGAACGACAACAGACGAUGAGAAGCUAAGAAGGGAGAUGGAGGGGCUGCGCGUGCAAAUGGAAGCGCUCAAGCAAGAGCAGGCCCAACUGCAGGAAACUUUGAGACGAGCCGAAGACGUACGGAUGGCCAAGGAAGGUGAAGUCAGUAUAUUGAGGAAGGGCAUCCAGAAAACUGCGCAAGAACACGCAGCGGAGAUAGCCAAGAUCAAAGCCGCAAAAGAGGCGGCCGAAGCGAUGCAGCUCAAGAUCCAGAAUGAGAAGAAGGAAGAGAUCGACCGUUUAAAGACACAGUAUACGUUCAAGCAACAUGAACUGGAGACGUCUGGUCGUAGCUCUCCCUGGAGCGGUCGUUCUCGGAAGAUCAGCAGACAAGCACCUCCGACGCCUAUCCGGGUGCCAUCUCAGAUGCGUGAAUGGAAUCCUCUCGGCAUUGACCACGACGCUGGUCUCAUCAACUUCAAUGACGCGAUCACCUCGACUCAGCAAUCGAAUGGUUCCAGGAGAGGUCAUGAAUUUGGACAGGCCGUGGUAGAAAAGCCGAAGAUACCUGGUUUCUUCAACGCCUUCGACUCGUCACCCCCGCGGCCGUCACAGGCUGCUAGGGCUAGAGGCAAGCAACAUGAGAGCGCGAGGAAUGGGCCGAAUGCGGAGGUAUCCGACAACAACUUCUUCUCGCAACCUUCGACGCAGUAUGUGUCAUCGCCGAAGCUGCACUCAACCCCUCCGAGUCCGCCGGUUAGUCCUCUGGGUCAUAAGCAUGCUAGGAAGAACCAAGGCCAAAUCCAGCUGGGAAUUUGGAAUGGCCUCACACAGACGCAGGAGCAGACUCAACGGCCUGUUGAUCACGAUGUGGAGAUGUUCGACGAGCCAAAGGAUGAUGAUGAGUCUGAUGAGGCCAAAGAGCUUCCUACCACCGACUGGGCAGCUGAGGUACACCGUAUCAUCCUUACACACAGGUGUCCAGACUCCACGCAGCUUACAUUGCAAGUCCUCAUGGGCACAACUCAGCUAGACAUAGCAUCACAAGAUCACCGUGAUGCGUACAGUCGACUGAGCAAGAUUCUGUUGGAAAACAUGGGCGUCAUGCUCUCGGAGAUGGUCGAUGAAGACCACACCAUCCGAACUAUCCUCGAUAUCCUCGUCGAGAUGGCCGACGUCCUCGAGACAUCGUCGGCGAUGGCCCCACUUAUCAGUCUUCUCAAUCUGCUGCGGGUACUCGUCCUAUGGCUGCCUGCGUUCUCUCGGUUGAUGUUUGCGCGACCAGAAGGGGCUGAGGCUGCGGGUGAUAGGAUCUUCGAGGUCGUGUGCAAGAUCAUAUGCGCCCACGUUGCUCCUGUUGAGGGGGAGAGGUCGCCUGAGUUUCAGACGCUUGCGAAGGAGACGUUGGGCCUCUUGGAAGAUGUCGCAUGGGUCAUCCCUGAAGAACAUACGUCGCGUCUGGCAGCCGUGCCUGUCCGCCAGGACGUCAUGUCUAUCCUGCUCGCCCCUGCCCACCCGACUUGGUUCCUGUACCACUCUGUUCGAGUCCUGGUGUUGAUCGCGUCUCAUCACAGCAUAUUCCGGAGUCUCCUGACUAUACCUGACGAACCCAUAGCCAUGGAUACGGAUGAAGCACCAGCCAAGGACUACUCCAAGAUCCCUCACAUCGAGCAAAUGGCUUUCCACCUCAGGGACAAGACACGGACAGGGACAGAGGCGGACCACCUUAGGGACGCUAUCAUGACCUUUGUCGCGACACUUUGCAUGGCCCACACCGAUGCCGUGACGAUCCUGCAGCAAUCCCAGCUGUUUAUCCCCUCAAUCCUUGUCUUCCUCUCGAAUAUCACGACCCCGCUAUUCGAGGAGGACCCAGAGCUAUUAGACGCGCCCGAGCGGCUCGAAGCCACUGUGAUGCGCUCCGUCCGGACGGUAUCCGUCCUGUACACACUCGUAUUCGCUGCGGAAAAUCAGUUCACAUUGUACCAUAAGUUCCGGAGGGUCUCUCCGCGGGACAUCCCGUCGAUCUACGACAUCACGGUGGUCACCCUCGGCCGUCUGAGCUGGGCGGACCCUCCCCUCGAGGCUACCGAGGAGAUGAAGAACCUGUUGGACCAAGCUUUAGACUUGUCUAGGGCGUUGCUCGAGACGUUCGUGGAGGGACCCAUGCUCGAGAUGGUGUGGUCGGCGUUCCAGGUGGGUGACGAGGACGCGGACGCGGAGGAGGGCGGGAUGGACGAGGACGAUGACGAGGAAGCGGAGGCGCGGAAUCAACAUCCGCCUUCAUCUAUCGAGGUUUGACAGUUAAUUAUCGCGACACUGUUCAUGGCGACAGCGGCAUCAACUGGUGGGAUC